CAGUACGAGGAACCGUCUUCUCCUCUGGACUUUGAUGAAAAAGCAGACAGAAUCCUCACCAUGCGCUCCUUCUCAUCAUCUGAUGAUUCACCACCCAGCAGUGUGUCACCUCAGCCUUCAACAGCUUCAGCAAAUACCAAAGAAAUCGACAGUUCUCAGUCAACAACUACCUCAGGUGUGACGCAAGAAGAAUCCUCGUCGUUGUCUGCCACAGCUGUCUCUACUCCCGGUUUAACAGCGUCAUAUAGCCAGUCUACUUCCCCGUCCUCAGUAUUUGGAACAUUAUGUCAACCAAUCGAUCUUGCUCAACCCGUCAACUCGUAUCAACACCAACAGCAACCCAGUGACGGUCUCUCUGUUGACUGUGCGAGUGAGUUUGAUGUAAACGAGGCAGCUAAAAGACUCUCCAUGGCAACCUCUGACCCCAUUGACUCAACAGUUUCCGGCGAAGACAAGACAACGAAGAAGAGUUCGAAAGAGAUCAGCGAAAGCGCCCUCCGGUUCCACGCCAAUUAUCAGCGCCACCCUAAGCCUCCAUACCCUUACACCGGGAUGGUUAUACACGCUAUUUACUCAGCUCCAGAGAAAUGUCUUACGCUCAGCGGUGUAAGCCACAAACUUCAAGAAAUGUUCGACUUUUUCAAAGGCACCUAUAAAGGCUGGAAGGAUUCCGUUAGGCACAAUCUAUCCCACAACGCCUGCUUCGUGAAGGGAGGUCGAUCUACAGAUCCGGACAGUAAAGGGAACCUUUGGUAUGUGGACAUCUCCAAGGCACCCCUGAACUGCUUCAAGCUCCAAGACACACCAGUUGCUCGCCGUGGAAACUGGGCUCAGGAUCUCCACGUACAGCUAGGAGUACCAGAGAUUCACGUACCCUCCAAGAAACGCACUGUUUCAGCCGACACCAGAGAACUCUCCUGUGUUGUGAAUCGUGACCGUAACGAAACAUCCAGUGUUUACAGUGACGAUGUAUUCAGCAGUUCCAGCCCGGAAUCUGACUCAUCCUACCCAGUACCUCUCAGCAUUACUCCAAUUUCAACAGUCAGUGAAGAGUUCCCAUCAGCAUCCUACAACGAGAGUCUCACCGAAACACGAGAACCUGCCCUCUUCUCCGACACCAGCUUCGAAGACCAGGCUGCAGGGCCAAUCAGACCAGGGAAAGCCUCCCGUCAGAGCAAAAGGUUCAACCCAACGUGGAGUAGGAGGAACAAGGACGAUUUGAUGAAGUCUAUCGCCAGGAAAGCUGCCAAGACUACAUCACUGAACAAAGAUGAGACAACAAAGCAGAACCCGUCCACACUCUACCAGUUUCAGCAUUACCUACCCUCUCAAGCCUACCCGCAUCCUCAGUACAGCCAGCAACUCUCCCACCAGCCACAGUACUUUCCAGAGCCUAGCCUGUAUCAUCAGCAAUUCAGCCGGUGGAACAGCUACGACCAGUUAUCUCAAUUCCAGCCUCCUGUGUACCAGACAGCCUAUCCCUGGUUACCCACUUACGACAGACAACAGCAGUAUUACCCUGGGUAUCAGUACUUUCCUGGUCAACCAGAAGAAUACAGCCAGUGUUCUUACCCAUUCUCGUCUUGGAACCAUGCCAGCUACCAGGAGCCGUAUUACCAGCAGACGGCAGAUGACCUAGCGACGGCCAUGAAAGUCUUGUCUCAGCAGCAGGGACCAGUGGAUCUGAGUUUUUCCGAGGAACCAAAACAAGACUCGCCUGAGGACAAACCGUUAAUCAAGGAGGAGGACGGAUCUCCAGUGUUCUAGUGCGGAAAUUGUGUGUUGUUUGACAUUUUUCUGAGUUACAAGA